AGAAUUCGUGAAUUCAAUGAAUGGCAUCAGUGUUUAAUUUUAAAUACUCUAAUUAGAUAUAAGCCAAAUGAUGAAGAUGAACUAUAUGAUAUUAUGAACCUUUUGGACGACAGACUCAAGCAUCAUAACAGUGGUGUACAAUUAGCUACGAUAAAGUUAUUUAUAUGUUUAACUAUAAACAUUCCAGAAAUUCAUGAGGAUUUAUACAAGAGAGUUAGAGGCAAUCCAGAAAUUGCGUAUUCCUGUUUAGAACAUUUAAUCUUAUUGGUGAAAUCUGCACCUCAAUUAUUUCGAUCAGAUUAUAAACAAUUUUAUCGAAGGAUAAAAGAACCAUCAUUUGUCACUUUAAAAAAAUUAGAAUUGCUUCAAGAAGUUGCUAUAGAUAACAACGCUAAAGAAAUUGUCGAUGAAAUUAGUUGUUAUAUUACUAGUGAUGAUGGAGCCAUUGCAAAUAAAUCAAUACAAACAAUCUCUAAUAUUGCUAUACGCAUUAGAAGCAUAUUGGCUUACUCCCUUGAAAUUUUCAUAAAGUUAUUGGAAACUGGCAGAGAUAAUAUUGUGUCGGGUAUUAUUACGAUACUUGAAG